UGAGAAGUCUUCCAGACCAAAUGGCCAUGUUUUCUACACAGUUUUUCCUGGUUCUUCUCCUGACCACUGGUCUGUGUGACCUUUCUGCAGCCGGACCGCUUCAUGCGCAGUGCAAAGUGGAGUGGUAUUUGGGGAUUCCAUGUCAGUUGGUUUAUGAAGCUCUGGUCACACAGAUCAAGAGGUGGGGUCCCACAGCGAGCUGCAGCACUGGAGGGCAGCGUUGCCUUUAUAAGCUGCAGUCGGCCUCGUCCCACUUCAUUUCGGCCAAGCACUUAACGCCCAUCAAGAGACACGAGGACCAGAUCAACUUCCGGCUCGUCCCCUUCCACUUCUUCUCCUGCUGCCACGUGGCGGCCAUGUCGGUGUCAGAGACGUGGUACACCAUCAAAGACCACGGCGCCAACUACUGCAACCUCUACAACCUGAUGGAAGGUGAGAUCUGGUUCUUGUAA